CAGAUGCAGGCUUUGUUCAGGAAAACCAUGUUAACACAAUAAGAGGCUCAUUUAAACAAGACGAUAUAAACUAGUUCAUAAAUAAACUAUCUGAGACCUUUAGCAAGGGCGAUACCCUACACGAACUUGACUUUUAGACAUUUCCUGAAUUUCUUGCAAAAAGAACUAGUAAACAGAACUGGAACAGUUUAUCGGUAUAAAAAGAGGGUCAGGUUUGGAGGAUGGUAUCAGAUUCACAGGAAUCCUCGACGUAGUCACAACAGCACUGUCAACAUGGUUGCGAAGUUCGUCGUCGUCCUUGCCUUGGUGGCUGCCGUCAACGCUGGAGACUUCUCCAGCUUCGCCUACAGCGUAGCAGAUCCUUACACUGGCGAUUUCAAGAACCAGAUCGAGAGCCGUCUCGGAGACAACGUCCAGGGACAGUACUCACUCUUGGAGUCCGAUGGUACCCGCAGGACCGUUGACUACGCUGCCGGUGCUGAGGGCUUCAACGCGGUUGUGAGGAAGGACCCUGCCCUGAUCGCCGCUGCACCCAUUAUCACAACCCCUUAUGCCUAUCCCAUCGGCCUGAAGAACAUUGCCCGGUUCGCAUACGCCGCUCCCUUCCCCUAUGCCCGCUACUUCUAAACCAACGUCUACAUUUGUUUGUAAAUAUUGGAAUUGUAAAUAAAUUGUUGCUUUACUGACAUC